UUAUUAAACAUUAAGUUAAUGAUUUUCUUACACACACACACAAACACAUAUAUGGAUUCAUUUUUUUCAAAUAAGAAUUUUUCAAGACAAAAAAAGGGAUGUUUUUUUAUUUUAUUUUUUAUUUUAGUGUUAUUUAUUAAUUUUAUUAAUUUUAGUGAUGGUGUGGGAGAUGAAAAUGAAUCAUCAAACUGCACACUCUGUAUAAAUGGAAUAAGUCAAUCUCCAAUUAAUAUUAUUUAUCACAAUGUGGUUUUUUGGCCUUUACUUGGAGAUUUGUAUUUAUAUUAUCAACCAGCUCCAGCUAUAAUUACAAAUAGGGGCCAUGAAAUUGAGGUGGAAUGGAGAGGAGAUGCUGGAGGAGUUAUAUUAUAUGGGGCUGAGUAUAAAUUGAAGCAAUGUCAUUGGCAUAUUCCUUCCGAACAUACAAUAAACGGAAUUAGAUAUAAUAUGGAGUUGCAUAUGGUACAUAUUAGCAGUGAGGGAAAUAUUGCUGUUAUUGGCAUCCUGUACAAGUUAGGAUGGCCUGAUUAUUUUAUUGCACGUUUUUUCCCGUACCUCCGAACAGCUGAUAGUGAAGGCACCGACGUCGGAAUUAUUGAUCCGAAGCAUAUUAGAUACGGAGGUCGAGAAUAUUAUAGAUACAACGGUUCUCUUACAACUCCUCCAUGCUCAGAAAAUAUUAUUUGGACAGUACUAAAGUCUGUGAGGACAGUUUCUUGGAGACAAAUAAUGGCACUAUGGGAUGCUGUUGAAAAUGGCACUGGGAAUGCAAGGCCGAUUCAGCCGUUGCACGGAAGAACUGUCUAUUUAUUUUGACGUAGAUUCGUUUUAAAAUUUUGGUAAUAAUAGUUGGUGAUUAAUGAACGAUAUAAAACCACGAAUAAUCAUAGUAUUAUGCAUGUCAAGAAUUAUCGUACAUUAUAUUUUUCGUUACACGACUUUUUUUUUUGUAAUUAGAUAUAUAUUAGUAGUUAGGGACGACCACAACCUGGUUCGACCCGUGAAUAAGCUCGAAACAUGCACGGUGACCAUAAAUCGAUUGUUACAAUAUUCAAUACUACUAGACUUACGGGUGCUGCAAUAACUUUUGAAUAAAUUA